GAGAUUGUCAAUAGCAUCAGACAAUUUCACGAUCAAACGAUACUGAAUAUAGAUCCCUUAGUGUAUUCGCUACAUCGACAAGAACUUUGCUCAACGGUCUUGAAAGCCUGGUCUGUCCACACCGCGCGGAUCAUACCAUCAUUUUCCGGACCCGAGCUUCAGGCAACCAGAUCAUUCGUUAAAUCUAUUUGAACCGAGUCGACUACACUCAAUAAUCACAGUCAACACAAUGUCCAUACCAGUCUCAACAAUAACCUCCUUUCGAACCGCCUUCUCCCCCUUCUCCCCCCUCGGACGACCAUGCAGAAUCCUACUGAACCUCCUUCAAAACCCUUCUACUGCACCAGCCAGCAGUCCCACACACAUCGAUAUCAAAGUGUCACAUUUACCGCGAAACUCGCAACAACUUCCAGAGAUUACGAUUGGGUUUAAAGGUGGGAAAGAGAUUAAACUUGAGGUUGGGAAACGGAAGAUGAAGAUCGGGGAUGUAUUGGAUGAGAUUGCUAGAGUUGGGCGGGUGGUUGAGAGGGAGCAGAGUUUGAAGGGCUGAUUUGUGCAUGUUUUUUGGAGGAGUGUAUUAUUAUGUUCGUGUAUAUCAAUUGAUUUUUACAACUCUUACGUGAGUGCU